CCGAAGUGGGAUUGAGGUUGGUUAGAGAUUAUUUGAAUGAGGCCAUGGAGGAAAUGGGUCCCUCUUUUCUUGAGAUUGCUGCUGCCGAGGUUAAGGAGAAUAGGAUGGAUUCGAGUGGGUCUGCUUGCCAGGCAGGGGAAGUGAAAGACGCUGAUCAAUGUAUUGAAAAAUUGGAAGCGAAGGGUAAGAGUUCUGUAGAUGAUGGGAUUGGUGAGAAAUGUGAGGGUUUAGGUGAUGUUUGCAUGCGGGGUUUGGAAGAUAAUGAUGUUCUAAAAGCUUCGAAGGUUGUGGAAGUUGUUUCGACGGAGAACUUAGAAGAUGAUAGAAUUAGAGAAGAAUCACGGGGCCUGUGUAAUGCUUCAACAGAAGGUGAUGGUUGCUAUGGUGCUGAGGGGUUUGCGCUCGAACCCAUGGUGGACGCUGAUAAAGAGGAGCGCGUUAAGCUUGGCGGGCAUGGUAUGUCUAGUCCUGUUGGAGGUCUUCUUCAUAAGCUUGAUCCUAGCGAGGUCAGCAAAGUAAAGGAAGCCUCAGAGAAUAGCCAUUUAGAUCCACACAUGUUGGUAGAAGAAACACCCCCAGAUGCAGAAAUUGCCGCAGCUGCUGCAUUGAUUAGCAUAUCUAGUGGCGAUGAAAUUCUUAAUGAGCCUGCAAAACGUAGUUCUACAAGCAAUACAAUCUUACCAGAUUCUCUUACUGAGCUGGUUGCUGAAGUUACCGCUGGAUUGGACUCUAGCACUGGUGCUCCCGUGAAAGAAAAAUGCAGUUUGGUUCCAUUGCCUGAUAUUGUUAAUGGAGACCCAUCAGACUUAAAAGGAAAUGGUAUUGUUGAAGAAUGCAAUAAAGAUGCUGAACCAAGCAAGCAUAAAUAUAUUUUGGAUCAUCAUGCUUUCUUUGAAAGGAAUCCAACUAGUUACACCAGUGAGUUGAGCGAUGAUUCCCAGCCGCCACAUGAGUUAAGCUGUCUGAAGUCAACGAACCUGUCAACCAAGCGAAAGACAAGGAAAGUUUCUCCACCUCGGAUGGAUGACAGAGGACUUGUCAAAAGAAGAGCUAUUAAGAGAUGGACUUUACUGGAAGAAAAUACCUUGAAAGAAGCUGUUGCUGAACAUGGUACAGGAAACUGGAAAUUGAUUCUAUUCUGUAACGCUGAAAUAUUUAAAGGGCGAACAGAGGUUGAUUUGAAGGAUAAGUGGAGGAACAUGAGCCGGUAUUUUUUGCAGGCUUAAGCUUCUUAUGAUUUGAUAUUUAACUUUGCUGAUAAGAUGCUCUUUAGAUAUAAUAUAACAUAACGUGUAACGGCGGGUGGGAGCUUCUUUUCAGUGUUGAAGUUCCACCAAUGCAACGACCCCAUCACCCAGUUCGCCCCAUACCAUCGCAGCUGUGGUGCAAGAACUUCGGCACC